GUCUAUGAGGUGACAUUCUAGAAGGGUGAAGGAGGACAGGAGGCAGAUCACUAUUCCCUCACAAACCGGGGCUUUGGGGAAGCCAUGUCCUACUUCAGGACUCCACAAACUCAUCCAGGUCCUCUGCCUUCUGGCCAAGGUGGGGCUGCUUCUCCAGGCUUGUCCCUUGGCCUCUGUAGUCCUGUAGAACCAGUGGUGGUGGCCUCUGGUGGAACAGGCCCACUGAGUCAGAAAGCUGAGCAGGUGGCACCUGCUGCCCAGGCCUGGGGCCCAGCCCUGGCAAUGCCACAAGCCAGGGGCUGCCCUGGGGGGACUAGCUGGGAGACACUACGGAAGGAAUACAGCCGAAACUGCCACAAAUUCCCGCAUGUGAGGCAGCUGGAGAGCUUGGGCUGGGACAAUGGCUACUCCAGAAGCAGAGCCCCUGACCUGGGUGGCCCCAGCAGGCCUAGGCCCCUGAUGCUGUGUGGGCUGUCACCACGGGUUCUACCGGUACCCUCUGAGGCAGUGGGGAAGGAGGCCAGCUCCCAGCCUGACAUCUGCAUCCUCACCCUCGCUAUGAUGAUCGCUGGCAUCCCCACCGUGCCCGUCCCAGGCGUUCGGGAAGAGGACCUGAUCUGGGCCGCUCAAGCUUUCAUGACGGCCCAUCCGGAGCCAGAGAGUGCUGUGGAGGGGGCGCAGUGGGAGCAGGCGCAUGCCCACACAGCCUCUGGGAAGAUCCCCCUAGUGAGAUCUAACAGGGGCCAGCCUCCUGGCUCCUGCUUGUAGAUGGAUGAAAUAGCACCAGAUAUGUAGGGUGGCUUCUCUGUAUAGUUCUUGGGCAGACAGGGUUGGGAGGAGGGCCUACGGCAGGGAUGGGGAUAGAGCUGGUGGUUGAGCCAUUCUGACAAAUUCCAGUCCUUCAUCAGGGACUUCCAGACCCUAAAGUUUCUCCAGAUACCACUAAGACAGGAGAUAGGUUUUGUCAGGUAGAUACAAUGGAAAUUAUCUGAGGUAGGGGCCCCUGCUUGGAGAGUUGAGGCUGCUUUUAUGUUGUUUUGAAGACUUGAUCAGAAUUUUUUUUUUUUUGAGAUAGGGUCUCACUCUGUCACCGAUGCUGGAGUGCAGUGGCACGAUCACAGCUCACUGCAGCCUCGACCUCCAGGGCUCAAGUGAUCUUCUUACCUCAGCCUUCCUGAGUAGCUGGGACUACAGGCAUGUGCUCCAUCCAGCUAAUUUUUGUAUUUUUUUAAAGAAGGGGUUUUGCCAUGUUGUCCAGGCUGCUCCAAUCUGCCUGUUUUGGCCUCCCAAGGUGUUGGGAUUACAGGGGUGAGCCGCCAUACCUGGCCUACACAGAAUUUCUUUUUUUUUUUUCUUUUUCUUUUUUAGACAAGAGUUUUGCUCUGUCACCCAGGCUGGAGUGCAAUGGCAUGAUCUCGGCUCACUGCAACCUCCACCUCCCAGGUUCAAGCGAUUCUCCUGCCUCAGCUUCCCAAGUAGCUGGGAUUACAGGUGCCUGCCACUACGCCCGGCUAAUUUUUGUAUUUUUAGUAGAGACAGGGUUUCACCAUGUUGGUCAGGCUGGUCUCAAACUCCCGACCUCAGGUGAUCCGCCUGCCUCGGCCUCCCAAAGUGCUGGGAUUACAGGUGUGAGCCACCACGCCUGGCCAGAAUUUGUUAUAUUAAGUCCUAGGCAUUUGAAUUCUCCUCUUGCCUUAAAUUUCCCAGCAUGUUGAAGGCAGGUAAUAGGACCAUAGGCAAGGAAGGAAAAUUAAUACUUAAUUGAGCACCCACUAGGUAUGCCUGCUCUGUAAACAUACCCUGUGGAGAUCCCCAUUUUUACAGAUAAUCAGGCUGAGGUUUAGAGGGGAAACUUAUCCUAGUAAGUCUCAUAGCUAGUAAAAGGCAGAACCAGGUACAAAAAUCAAGCAGGGAAGGAACCAACCAGGAUUCACAUGUUGUAUAACACUCUAAAGUCUAUUCUCUCCAUGAUAUACCCUAAACUGCCUUCUAUGGAACAAAAAAAACCCUAGACAAGUGGUAGAAUAUGCAACAUUCAGUUUUAUUGACCCCAGGAUGGGACAAGGAAAAAGGUUCAGGGAGCCUGGCUGAGUCAGCUCCCCAGAGGGGCCUCUUCCCCUGUAGGAAGCCUCCCAGCCCAGCUCACUUAAAGGAGACGGGUUAAGUGAGUCAUCUCAUGACUGGGGCAACUGCUACCAAGCCCCAAACCUCACCCUCACCACCUGAUGUUUUAUCUCUUAUCUUAGACCAGGGGUUGCCAUUUAUUUUAUAUUUUUUUAGAUGGAGUCUCGCCCUCCCAGGCUGGAGUGCAGUGGCAGCAAGAUCUUGGCCUACUGCAACCUCUGCCUCCCAGGUUCAAGCGAUUCUCCUGCCUCAGCCUCCCGAGUAGCUGGGAUUACAGGGUGCCCGCCACCACGCCUCGCUAAUUUGUGUAUUUUUAGUAGAGACGGGGUUUCACUAUGUUGGCCAGGCUGGUCUUGAACUCCUGACCUCAAGUGAUCUGUCCACCUCAGCCUCCCAAAAUGCUGGGAUUACAGGCGUGAGCCACCAUGCCCAGCUGGAUUGCCUGUUUUUGUAAGACCUUUGAGCUAAGAAUGGUUUUUACCUUAUGAAAAUGUUAAAACAGGCCGGGUGCGGUGGCUCACGCCUGUAAUCCCAGCACUUUGGGAGGCCGAGAGGUGGGUAGAUCACGAGGUCAGGAGAUCGAGACCAUCCUGGCUAACACGGUGAAACCCCGUCUCUACUAAAAAUACAAAAAAUUAGCUGGGCGUUGUGGCGGGUGCCUGUAGCCCCAGCUACUCGGGAGGCUGAGGCAAGAGAAUGGUGUGAACCCAGGAGGCGGAGCUUGCAGUGAGCAGAGAUCGCACCACUGCACUCCAGCCUGGGCGACAGAGACAGACUCCUUCUCAAAAAAAAAAAAAAAAGAAAAUAUUAAAACCAAGAAUAUACAACAGAGACUGUAUGUGGCCACUUGAGUAAACUAAACAGAUUAAGAUUUGCUGACUCCUGUCUCAUUGAGCUAGACACAUGCUAGGUAGCAGGCCAUGGUAGAUGAGAAGACCCUUGAACCUUGUCCUUGUUCUGGAAGGAGGGCCCACGGAAGUACAACAGUGUAAGGGAGUGUGUGUGUGUGUGUGUGUGUGUGUACGGGUGGAUGUGAGUGUGCACAGGUGCAUAAGCAUCUCUGGGCAUCGAGAAUAAUCAGAGUUGGACCUGCUCAUAAGGCCCAAUCCAGCUGUCGGCCAGUUCCCGCAGGGUGCUAUACCUCCGUUCAAACUCCUCCUUGGUGCACUGCUGCAACAGCUGACCCACCUCCUCAGUGAGGUGAGUCACUGCCAGGUGCUUAUCCAGGGUCUCACUCCACUUGCUGCCCAGGAUGCUGUCUAGACUGGUAGCACAGCCUGCCGUCCACUGAGCUGGCAGCAUGUCAGGCUGGAGCACCUGGCGGCGGGCACUGAGCAUGGCUAGGAUGUGGCGGCAGGGCAGGUGGAAGGCCUGGUUAAAGUAGCAGCUGCAGCUGGCAGGGGGCUGGGGCUGCACCUUAUGGGUAUCUUCCAGGAUCUGUAUGUUCAUCUUUUCUGAGCCAGAGCCAAUGAGGUGUGUGGAUUUCUGGACCACAGCAAGCUCGCCCAGGCAGAGUUGGGCUGCUGGCCCUGUGCAGAUGGCAUUGAGGGAGUGCUGGAUGUGGGAUUCUACCAGCUGCUCCACUUUGGGGCUUUCGGGGAUGGUGUCUGAGGGAGCAUGAUUGUUCUGGGCACACAGGCCCUGGUUGAAGUUUGCCUUGUCUGCAGAGUUCUGCUGCAUGUAACGGAACAGAGAAGCCAUACCUUGUUUCUCAGAUGGGGUGGUACCAAAGAACUGGCUGAGGAUGCGGGUGGUGACCUCGAGGCUCUGGAAGUAGCGGCUACUCUCAGCUCGGCUUCUCCAGCGGUGAGCCAGCCAGAUGCGGUCAUUGAGCAGCCAGUGUGAGUGAAGCUCGGGCAGCUUGGCUGGAGGGAUGCAGUUGCUCAGGAGUGUAUACAACUUUCUCAGGUUGCCUGCUGUGGCUGAGCACAUUGUGCUCUGCAGGGAGGUCAGGAGCAGCCUUUCCACAGGCCGUUCAAGGGACAGCUGAUAGAACUUGGCCUGGAGGAACUUACAAAUGUGGAAGGCUGAGAGAAGGACCUCAGCUGUGGGGAACUCCAUGGCUAGGGUAGGCAGUGGAAGGAAAUGAGGAUCCACCAGGAUGGUACAGACUCUCUCCCAUGCUGGGUUAAACUUCUUGAAUACCUGGAACAUCUGGGCCAGGCCUUCAG